UAGGGGCGGAGGCGCAGGAGGCUGUGGUGCUUGGUGCCUGCCGACGCCCUCCACUCUGCGCCCCCGCCGGCCUCAGCUCCCGGCCCCGCCAGCCCGCCGCAGGGACGACAACUUCCAGCAGCCACAGGGGAUGCCACUGCUUGGCUGCCAUCUGAAACGAGCUCCUUCUCACAAGGUUUUGUGUCGGUUCUGUGCAGCGAUGGGGAAACUGCAAAGCAAACUCAAACACAGCACUUACAAAUACAGCAGGCCUGAUGGGAUUAUAGAGGAGAGAAUUCAAACUAAAGCUUGUCUGGAGUAUAGCCCAGCCCACACGGAGAGUGUCUCUGUCGUUGCGGCUCUGAACUCAGACCUGUGUGUCUCUGGAGGAAAAGAUAAGACAGUGGUGGCCUAUAACUGGAAGAGCGGGGAUGUGGUGAAAAGGUUCAGAGGACAUGAACGAGAGGUCACGAAGAUAGCCUGUAUUCAUGGAUCCAGCCUGUUCUUUAGCGCCUCUCGAGACAGGACAGCCAUGAUGUGGGACCUUUGUGGCCCCGCCCAGCCAAGGCAACAGUUCUCUGGCCAUGCCAUGGUGGUCACUGGAUUGGCUGUGAGUACAGACUCGUCACAGCUGUGCACUGGCUCCCGGGACAACACCCUGCUCCUAUGGGACAUUGGGACUGGACAGUGUAUGGAGAGAGCUUCCAUCUCCAGGAACCUGGUCACUCAUCUGUGCUGGGUCCCCCAAGAACCAUAUAUACUACAGACUUCUGAAGAUAAAACCAUCAGGUUAUGGGACAGCCGGGGACUACGGGUAGCUCACGUAUUUCCCGCAAAGCAGCAUAUUCAGACCUACUGCGAGGUCAGUGAGGACGGUCACAAGUGUGUCUCCUGCAGCAACGGCUUUGGAGGGGAAGGCUGCGAAGCCACGCUGUGGGACCUACGGCAGACACGAAACAGAAUAUGGGAAUAUAAGGGGCAUUUCCAGACUGUUGCAUCCUGUGUCUUUCUACCAAGAGCACUGGCCUCGAUGCCUAUAAUUGCUACCUCAUCCCAUGACUGCAAAGUGAAGAUUUGGAACCAAGACACUGGAGCCUGCCUGUUCACCUUGUCCCUGGAUGGAUCAGGACCCUUGACUUCCCUGGCUGUUGGUGACACCAUCUCCUUACUGUGUGCAAGUUUCAGCAAAGGAAUUCACCUGCUCAGAGUGGAGCGCAGCCGAGGGCUGGAGCUGCAGGAAGUGGCAGCCUUCUGAGGCCAGGAGGCACGCACUGGAUAAUAUCAAACGUGGCCUGUCCUUUCUCCGUGUGGCUUUGUGUUUCCCUGUGAUCUUGCAGGGAGGGCUAUGUGGGAUUCUCUGCUUCCGUCCACUCAGAAGGUCUAUCAGGGUUCGAGGCCAACGUAAGUCCAGGUGCAGCUUAGAAACACGAUAGGUCUCUGUCUGAGAGUCCGAACAUGGGGUGGAGUGUAUCAGACUGACCUAUGUCUCCACAGAAGAAAAAGCUGCCGGUGGAGAGACUGUUUGGGUGGCCUCGUAGUUACCCAGAUGGGAGAGGG